AUGGCAGACGACGUUUUUGUAAUGCUGUCUUGGAUGGCAAAUUACUCGAAGUUUUACUCAAUUUUGGUGGUGUUAAUGUGUUUUAUGGUUAUGGUGAUAUUCAUUCUGCGAUUAAAUAGUGAUCAAAUAUUUUGGCCUCUGCCAUCAUCACCAAUGCCAUUGGUGCCCAAGAGGGAUAUGGUCAAACUGUCUAACCCUUAUGUUUUGAGAUUAGAAAACCUGGAUACAGCUGAAUUACACGGUGGUGUUGAAAUCAGCCUGUCCUGUCAGUAUCCCUGCCAUAUGACCUGCCUCUGGUCUGUCGGCAUUGAUGAUCUUCAUAAUGCUCUACAGCAGCCAGCUGAUGAAGUAAUGGUUGACCUGGACUGCAGAGAUUUUCUUCAGGUGGAAGCUAAGCAUGUUCAGACAUUUGAGUUAUCAGAACCUUGUGACGACCGACCCAUGGAGUUAAGCUGCCCCUUAGACCUGGCUCAGCUGGAGUUGGGAAGACCUCCUAGACGGAGAUAUCCCCUAGUUGUUUUGCUGUCUCUACCUGUGGGCCUAGAUAAUGUCACUGUGACAGACACAGAUGUGGUAAUAUCAGUGUACAUCGUCCAUCUCAAAGACGAGGAGUGCACUAUGAAAUCUCAGCUUGUGGGACAUUUUAUUAAACUGUACAAUGGAAACCUGUUGAAUUUACAGCACUUGUUCCUUUCGUCUAGUGAUGCUGUCGCCAUUCCCAGUGCAGAUCAGCCUGAGGUUAAUGUCUAUUUACAAAGUGAAGAGACAGCAGAGGUGGACCCUAUCUCUGGAGCGGAAAGUGAGCAAAGGCAGACUCAAGGGGAGACAACUCCCGACUACUCAGACUCUGGGUGUAUUGUGUGCCAGUCAGCAGCCAUCUCCACAGUGUUAUUGCCAUGCAGGCACACAUGUGUGUGUAACACUUGCUUCUUACAGAUAGACAAAUGCCCCAUGUGUAGAGGUGUGAUAGAAUCUUACUUCAGAUUGAAUGGGGUUCUAGAGGAGUGUAAUUCUUCCGAACCAGAACAGGCUGGGACUCGCCGUGGGUUCCUUAACACAUUGGAACAAUGGAACCACAGAUUGAACCAGUUCCUGGGUUUUACUGAGUAGUGAUACUUAUAAGUGAACACACACAAAUGUGCCACAGUUACUUCACUUAUCACACAUAUAUAGGAGGUAAUGGAUGUUACACCUAUUUGUAGUUUUAAAAUAAUCAGUAGCAAUUGAUGCAGGCAGAAUUUUUAAAUACAAAAAUACCUCUUUUAUCAACUCUCCAAGGGAACGCAUACAUAAAUCUUUAGCAGGCCUGAUGAGUGACGUGUCAUACAUGUAUUUUAACACUUUACCUGUAAUUCAGGCACUGAGGAAACGUGUUGGUUUAGUCAUUACAAUAUAGCAAUAGCAAUAGCAAUAUUGGUACAUAAAGCUAUUCCAAGUCUGCGCUGUUUUUAUUUUUCCUUAUUUUCUUGUAAUAGUUACCCAUCCUUGGUGUAAGAUUUAUUUACUAUAUUGCCUUUGUUGCUUUAAUUUGUCCAUCCCAGUUUGCUGUAGUUCAUUGUUAAAGUGUUAUUGUUAUUGCUUAAGUUGAUGGAAUAGUGUCUGUUUCAUUGUUAUGUGAAGACUAAGGCUUCUUUAAGCCUUGGUCUUAUUUGUAUACUACUGAAGUUUUAUAUCAGUGUAAUGAUUUUAUACACAAGUGUACCAUUUUAUUUGGUGGAAUUUAUAUGGAAUGGAUGAAACCUAAUUGGUUACUUUUAAUUAGAUUUUUUAAUUUUAACACAUCUUCAGAUGCUUAAUAAUUUAUGAGAAAAAAAUGAAUUAAGUUUUACCCAAAACUUAAGACUUGGUUCCUUUAACUGUUUAGUGACCUUAAACAUUGUGGGUGCUAACAUUUAUGGUUUAUGAUGGUCCCUCUUAAACCCAGGGGCUCAUCUGGGGCACUCAUAAAUCCAGGAAGAUGUGUCAGAAACCUGCAGAUGGUCGUGGGUUUCCGCUGGGCUUUGCCAAGUUUUUUUCCAGCAUAACGCUGGCCAUUGUCAUACAUAAAUGAAAUAUUCUUGAACACAAACACAACAUGUUUAACACAAGUCAAAGUAGAAGAGCAUGUAGUUAUACGGCUUCCAAGCAGUCUGUACACACAGCUUUUAGCGUCCACUUUCUCCACCUCAGACCGUUCAAAUCUAUCAGUUCCUUGCUCUUCUGAGACACCAAGUUGUCUAAUAUGAGCAAAAAUAAACGUAAGCCAUAUUAGACAAUGAACUCUCUUAAAGAGUGAAUUUUCAUGUACCAGAAAACAAAAACAAAACUAUUUCAACAAUGCCUGGCAUUACGAUCUCCCACAAAUAAGCCAUAGUGUCCAUACUGAAACCCAAAAUGAAUUUGGUUAAAUUUAAGCUGUGUUCACCACCCUGCUUUUUUCAGCUGCAGUAAGAUUACAACAUUAACAUGCCCCAGCUUUACGCAAUACAAUCCAUAUCAUUUGUCAUUUGGAUUAUGUUAAUUUGGAACUGUGUUUGAUUUGUGACUUAUUUCAGCAGGGAUAGUAGACUGAACCCGAGACUGCUAAAUAUUAUGUGCCAAGAAAAAAAAGUAAGUAUGGGAAGUGGACUGGAUUUGAACCCCAGCCUGCUAGGACUGGUACCUAAUAAUUUCAUGGUAAUUGAAGAAACAAAGAGAACAAAGAUUGGCAGGAAUGAACUGGAUUUGAAGCGGAGACUGGCGAUAUUCACUGGGGCUGUGGUGAAAGACAGUGAAAAGAAAAAAAAAUAAAACACUGCCCUCAAAUACCUGUGCUGGGCCACAUGUAUGAAGAGGUUUUGUCAAUUUUUGUAUGUAUGUACAUUGGGAAGAUUUACAUCAUACUUCAUAUUUUUGGUGAUUUUUUUGGUCAUAACCUGAAAACUAUACCUAGUACAAAAAUAAUUUUUACAGAUUUGUAAUCCUGACAUCAAGGAGUCCUAGACAGUGUCAGUAUUUAAUCAUUUUAAGCAGUUUUUAAGACUACACCUUUUUAUUUGAUUUCAUUUGUCAGAGCAUAAUUUGCAUACCAAACAAAACGUUAUUUUACAAUAUAGGUACAGCGAUCCACCUAAAAACACCUGAAAUUCCAUUCAAAGGUCAUUAGCCGUUUUACUGAAAAAGAUUUACA